UCCAAUUCCAUGCGCGUUCCGAUCGUCGACUGCUUCGGGCCGCAGGCCGCCACGCAGCUCCGCCAGGCGUGCAUGGACGUCGGCUUCUUCUACUUGCGCGGCCACGGCGUGCCCCGGCAGCUCCAGCGUGAUGUGUACAGGCAGAUGGCCGCGUUCUUUGCUUUGCCGCUCGCCGAGAAGCGCAAGGCGGUCGCGGACAAGAACAUGCGCGGGUGGGCGCCCAUGUACGAAGAGACGUUGGACCCUGCGCACCAGACGAAGGGCGAUACAAAGGAAGCGUACCAUGUCUGCCGCGAGUCGCUGCCCGACGAGGUGCACCUCCCGCUCCAUGACACAUGCAAUGUGUUUCCCGACGCUGCCGUGCUCCCGCACUUCAAGACGAUCACGACCGCGUACUUUGAUGCGAUGAGCCACUUGGGCUUGCACGUGGCGUGCGUCAUGGCCACUGCCGCGGGCGCACCCGGCGCCUUUGACGCACCCGGUAUGUUUGACCGCCCCAUGACCGUGCUACGCAUGCUGCAUUACAACGCAGAAGCGUCGAACCUCGAAAAUGGCGUCAUUGCAUGCGGCGCGCACUCGGACUUUGGCUUGCUCACACUCCUCUCAACCGACACGGAGCCCGGCUUGCAGAUCGAGGGCCGUGACGGCCACUGGGUCGACGUGCCAUACGUCGAAGAUGCCUUCAUCGUCAACGUCGGCGACCUCGCAGAGCGCUGGACAAAUGGGCUGUUUCGAUCGACGCGGCACCGCGUCGUCAACAGCACAGGCCGCGAGCGCUACUCGGUGCCCUUCUUCUUCGAGCCGAAUUUCCACUGCAACGUCACGUGUCUUGAGUCGUGCGUGGACGCAGCGACGCCAGCCAAGUACCCACCUAUAACGGCGGGCACCAACUUGCUCAACAAAUACCAGGAAAUCCACGCCAGUUAUCCGUCGACGGACCAUACGGCGAUGCCAUCGCGUGUCUAAGGCAGGCCUUCUGCGUCUUUGGCCUUCGUGUAGCCGCGCUUUGGUGUACUCGCGUCGCUUUAAGCAUGGAAUACAUUGUAUAUGCAAAGAGAAUGUCAUUUGUGCAGCGGGAUGGCGUAGCGUUGACUCAAGCCAGCUCCAAGUGACUCGACUAGUACUGGUAUGGUGCCAAGAGCUGGCCGUUGGAACGUGGACCCGUGGCCCUGUUGAAUCUACAUGCUAUAUGCACCACACUCAA